UCAUUGGGAUAAAAGUAAUGCUUUUGUUUGUAAAAUGUUCGCGGUAUAAUUGUAAUAAAAGUUAGAAUUAAAAAUAUAUAAAAAUGACAUUUCUUACAAAGUUGUCAACAUGGAAAGGAUUAAUACAAAGAUCGUUUUUACCAAUAAAUCAAACAAUAGUAAUAUCAAAUUUCGAUAUCCAUACGUCAAAAUAUUCCUUUCUUGGUGAAUAUGAAAUGGAAGAUCCAAAAUCAGAAGCUGAUAUUGUAAAUGUUACUUUUAUUGAUAAAAUGGGAAAAAGAAUACCUGUAAAAGGAAAAGUGGGAGAUAAUAUAUUAUAUUUAGCCCAUAGAUAUGGAAUUGAAAUGGAAGGUGCUUGUGAAGCAUCUCUUGCUUGUACCACUUGUCAUGUAUAUGUACAUCAAGAUUAUACAGAUAAACUCCCAAUGGCUGAAGAAAAAGAAGAGGAUCUGUUAGAUUUAGCUCCUUUUUUAAAAGAAAAUUCAAGAUUAGGUUGUCAAAUUAUAUUAACAAAAGAAUUAGAUGGCAUAGAAUUGGAACUACCUCAAGCAACAAGAAAUUUCUAUGUAGAUGGUCAUACACCAACUCCACAUUAAUAUAGAUUAAUAUAGAUUUUACUUGUAUGUUAUAUUUGAAUUAAUAUGUAUAUAUUCUAUCUACAUAUAUAAUUAAUAGAAUUAUAAACUUUUAUUUUAUUAUGUAUAAAAUUUAAGUGUAAUAUAAAUUAAAUAUUAUAUUUUCUUAUUUUUUUAAUGAAUAUUUAAUGAAUUAUAAAAAAACAUUAUAUUUUCAGAAUGUACUUUAAUGUAUUUCAUAAACUUUUAGAACAACAAACUUGAUUUAUAUGACAUUUGUCAUGGUACAAUAUAUUUAUUUCUUAUACAUUUGGAUUAUGAUACAUAUCUUUAAUUACAAUGAUACAAGAUUUAAACAUUUAUGAUAUAAUGAAUCCGUGAAUUAAAAUUGUAUUUGUUAAUCUUGCAGCAUUUACAUCAGUGAAAAUACUCUAUAAGUUUUUUUGCAAACUGAUCGCAUUUGAGCACUGCCACUAAUGUGUUUACACGUUUUUCAUUUCUGGCAGGCACCUUUAUGCAUUUUCCCAGUUUGACAACUUUCACAAUAACUUUGUGUACAUAUUCUCUAUAUGUGCAUACGUUCUCACGUUCAUUACCUAUAUUUAUAUGCGUACGCAAUUUGCACUUUUUUUAUGCAUCCAUACAUGUCUUUGUGUCGAUAAUUAUCAUCAUCAACAUUGUUAUAUAAUUAUCAUACAAACUAUAUUUAUUUAUAUUUUCUGUUCAUUAUUGAUCACUAUAAUUAUAGACACGUUGUAAUAUCUCGGAUCAAUCGCAACCUACAGUCAUACUUCAUAAUUAAAAGAAUUUAAAUAGAAAUACAUUCGCUCAAUCACACAAUAUCAUACAAAACUACAUUGUCAAAAUGAUUACAUAUAUGUAUCUCUCAUUUGGUAUGAGUCAUCACAACGGACUUAUUGAAAAAAUAAUUUUUUGUACUUAUUUAUAACUAAAAAUAGAUCGUGAUAUUUAAUUAAAUAUAUAGAAAAAAACUGUUUACAUUACAUAUAUUAAUGGAAUAUUUUAA